GAAGUAAAGUAAACUGAGCAAUUGUUUUUCUCAGCGGUAGACUGAUAUUUUUCUCUGUGUACGAAAAUUCAUCCGACCACGAAAUAAGACACCGUCGCGGUCAAAUCGAACACACCUCGAAGAUCUUAUCUGCACGAGAAAGGAAAAUCUAUCGCGAACAAGUUCUCCAUGCACGAGUAACGUACUAACAAGGAAAUUCGCUCCGUAACUUGCUAUAUCCUUCGUUACAGAGCAAAUUAUUGAGAGGGGAGUCGCGUGCCGGGAGCAUUCUCAUUAGCCUUGAACUAUCCGAUCACUGCAUGUCCUAUAUUACACCACAUUCGGGAGGACCAGCCACAAGGAUACGACGCCUUGUGGAUGCUGGAGAGGAAGGCGCGCAGCAUCGGCCAAGAAGAGCAGGAACCCCUCUCGUUCCCGAGCAAGUCGAAAACGCACGACUCUUCUGGAGCCGGCUCAUAUCCUGUCGUCGUGUACCCCGGGGAGUCUUAUGUACCGAUACCGAUGAUGCAGGCCGAAUAUGUCUGCACCGACUGCGGUAAGAAGUACAAGUGGCAGGACAGCCUUAAGAGGCAUCAGAGAGUGGACUGCGGCAACAAGGAGAAGAAGUUCUCCUGCCAUAUGUGUGAUCGGAAGUUCAAGUACCGAUACGAGUUGCGAAACCAUAUUACCGCGCACCAUAUCACCGGCUGACUCUCCGCCGCAGGUGACUCACAUCGAGACAAGUUCAUAAAUAAAAAAAAAAGUGUGACCCGAGAGAAAAUCGAUACCGAGAGGUGUGCAGUUCUUUGUCACGAUUCUCUGCAUAUUUGUAAUCUGAAUUGAGACUGAGAGACAGAAAGAUGGUUGCCUCUGUGUACAUUCUUUUUCUCUUUUUUCAUUAUAUGAAACAACGUACAGCGAUGUUAAAAAAAAGAUAGAAGAGGAAUGACAAUGCGAAACUGAAAUUUUCUGUCGCGCAAACAUAACGAGAGCAUUAAAAACAUUAAAAUUGACUUACUUAUUUGUGUCGCGAGAUAUACCGUACGAUUUUCCUCAUCUCUUUACAGCAUAGUAUAAACGGAAAUUUAAAUAUACUUCUCUCCAUUAAUACAAAAUGUAUAUCUGUAUUGAAUCUGUAACACGCAAUAUUCCUUGCUGUACUCUAUUCUAUGUUGUAUUUAUUUAUAUUAUUUAUAUAAAUGAGAGUUCGCACUAUCAAAAUUCGUGUUUUCCUCAUAAUAGAAAUUUGAAUAGACACUUUUUCCAGCAUUAACAUCAACAAAUUAUU